AUGGCUAUCGGUGGCUUGAUUUCAAACAGGAGCUUCGGUUCCUUCAUCGGUUCAGGAAAUGGUUGUCAGAAGGAAAGAGGUAUUUUGUACCAGAGACUUGGAGGAAUAAAUGGUACGGAAGUUUCGAACAGAGUCGUGUUCUGUAAUAGAAAACCAAAUGCAUUGUGCCGUAAUCAUCAACCGAGGAAGAUUUUAUCUAGUUUACAGCAUGAACUAGGACACAUGAAAAGUUUUGGAUGUUUCCUUCAACCAGUAAUGGUGGACAGUAGAAUUAGGUUUAGGAGCAACAUCAAGGAAGAUGGAAAUAGCAAGAUCAACAGAUCUCGUGCUUACUACAAGUCAGAGGAAUCUGAUAUCACAGAAGGAGUUGCAGACUCACUGCCAUCAGCGGAUGGGUCAGCUGAAGCUGUUCUAGUUGGAGGAAAUCUACACAACGCAACUCCCUGGUGGCAGCAGUUUCCUAGACGCUGGGUCAUCGUGCUCUUAUGCUUUGCCUCAUUCCUUCUAUGCAAUAUGGACCGUGUGAACAUGAGCAUUGCAAUUCUUCCCAUGUCACAAGAAUAUAGCUGGAACAGUGCAACAGUUGGCUUAAUCCAGUCCUCUUUCUUCUGGGGCUAUUUGCUUACUCAGAUUCUGGGAGGUAUAUGGGCAGAUAAGUUUGGCGGGAAGGUGGUUUUAGGUUUUGGUGUUGUCUGGUGGUCCUUUGCCACCAUUAUGACACCUAUUGCUGCCAAACUUGGUCUGCCAUUUUUACUUGUCGUGCGAGCGUUCAUGGGCAUUGGCGAGGGUGUUGCAAUGCCUGCAAUGAACAACAUGCUUUCUAAAUGGAUCCCUGUCUCAGAGAGAAGCAGGUCGCUUGCACUAGUCUAUAGUGGCAUGUAUCUCGGUUCAGUGACAGGACUGGCAUUCUCUCCUAUGCUAAUCACCAAGUUCGGAUGGCCUUCUGUUUUCUAUUCCUUUGGCUCCCUUGGAAGUAUAUGGUUUAUGCUUUGGCUAAAAUAUGCGUAUAGCUCCCCCAAGGAUGACCCGGACCUAAGUGAAGAAGAGAAGAAGGUCAUACUGGGAGGUAGCAAACCGCGGGAACCUGUGACAGUGAUUCCAUGGAAGCUGAUACUCUCUAAACCCCCUGUGUGGGCUCUCAUAAUAUCCCACUUCUGCCAUAACUGGGGAACAUUCAUACUGUUGACAUGGAUGCCUACAUAUUACAAUCAGGUAUUGAAGUUCAACCUCACAGAAUCUGGGCUCCUAUGCGUCUUACCAUGGUUCACUAUGGCUGUCUUUGCUAAUGUUGGAGGUUGGAUUGCUGAUACUCUCAUCAGCAGAGGUCUUUCAAUUACAGCUGUUCGCAAGAUCAUGCAAUCAAUUGGUUUUCUGGGUCCUGCCUUCUUCCUGACUCAGCUGAGCCGUGUCAAAACUCCAGCAAUGGCGGUUCUCUGCAUGGCAUGCAGCCAGGGCUCUGAUGCCUUCUCACAGUCGGGUCUCUACUCUAAUCAUCAAGACAUUGGCCCACGCUACGCUGGUGUCCUCUUAGGACUUUCAAACACAGCGGGAGUCCUCGCUGGUGUCUUUGGCACCGCUGCUACUGGCUACAUCCUCCAACGAGGUUCAUGGGACGAUGUGUUCAACGUAGCAGUUGGACUGUAUUUAAUUGGAACUCUGGUCUGGAACUUGUUCUCUACCGGAGAGAAAGUUCUUGACUAG